AUGAUAAUUUAUCGUCAACCUACCUGUGGAGUUGUGGAAGAAAGGGGAAAGGCUUUGACAAGUGAGGGCGUCAGUUUCACAGCGGAAGUUGUAUACAAUCGUGUAUCCAAUGGCAACUUUUACAGAGAACUUGCGAACAAAACUACAGUCCACGUUGAACGCCGUGCAUUGCGAUUCACUAUAGAGGUCCCUUACAAGUUAGAAGUGAUUGCUUUGACUAGAAUCAUCAUUAAACUGGGUGUCUCAGUUUUCCCAUAUUCUGGCAAAAAUCAACCUCCAAAAUUUGGAGAUUAUGAAGCUCAAAGACAUUGGAUGGAAGUUACGGUUAACUUACCCAUACAGGAUUGGUAUAGAAAUACAACAGACACUAAUUUAUUGUACUGGGGACUGGAUUACCCUCCUCUCACAGCAUAUCAAAGCUACCUAACUGGAUUGGUGGCUAAGAAAAUCAACCAAGACUAUGUUAAACUCCAUGUGUCGUGGGGAUUUGAAAACUUUGACAACCAACAUUUCAUGAGGAUGUCCGUCCUUGUGUCUGAUUGUCUUUUCUUUGUCAGUGCACUUUAUUUUUACAUUAGAAGCUUGAAGAUGAGUAAUAAGUACAAAUGGGUUUUCUUUGCUUUGUACUCACACCCUGGACUUACCCUUAUAGAUUAUGGUCAUUUUCAGUACAAUUGUGUUUCGUUGGGGUUGACCUUGUGGGCAAUCAUUUUUGUUUCUCAGGGAAAGAAUGUGUUAGCAGCAAUUGCCUUUUCAGCUGCCUUAAACUUUAAGCAGAUGGAGUUGUAUCAUGCAAUACCUAUCUUCUUCUAUUUGCUGGCUUCCUGUCAACCUAAAGGUUCCUCACUUCCCUCCCAACUAAAGAAUUUGGUCCAGAUUGGCGCUGCCACAGUGGCGACCUUUGCAAUCAUUUGGUAUCCAUUUCUUCAAAUUCAUGAUGGGCUUUUACAGCAAGUCAUCGUCAGAAUCUUUAUUCCUUUUCAGCGUGGAAUCUUUGAAGACUAUGUCGCCAAUUUUUGGUGCACACUAAAUGUUGUGAUCAAAAUCAAAAGACUAUUAAACCCAACCUCAAUCGCCUUGGGAACUAUCACCUAGGUCAUGCCCGUGCCUGAAAGAAAAAGUCAGGACGUUGAUUCGAACGGAUUCGAAUGCAACGAGCACUAAGUACGGUCACAUUAUUGGAGGAAUGACCGUGUGCUUGGUUCGUGAUUUGGAGUCACAAGUGAUAGCUGCAAGCUGAUAUCACUCGAACCACUGUACCAACCCGACUAAGCGAAUACUUACCUACCAUACUUACCAUACGAAACUUGCUUCAUCAAGUCUUUUAUACUGUCUCAUAGAUGAUCCAAAAAGGCUACAGCUCAUUAUGGCGUCAGUUUAGCUUUAAUGCUAAAUUUCGCAAACACGGUGAACUAGAUUGACAAUAAUAAAAAAUGAACUUUAUUCGUAACUUGCUGUGUUACUUAUUAUUAAGAAUCUCAAUUAUGCUAAACAAAUUUUGACAUGCAAAAAAUGCUACAAGAGAAACGGAAACGGUUGCACUCACGGAUCGUGACUGGAACGUGUAUACCAAUCCCGCCAUAAGACCUAGAAGUUACUCUUCGGUUGCCACCAGGUGGCAUAUGAGUAGUGUUACCGAGUUGCCAUGGCAACUCGGCCGGGCUUCGCGCGCGCCUUUAAUUACCCCCCCUUUUUUUCAUCUAUUGUUUCUCUAAUUCGCGCAUCUCGUUUCCUUUGUUUUUGCGUAAGCGAUCGGAUGACGUUUAUUAACGAGGCAGUCACGUUUUUGCAACGGUAGCGUAUGGUCGCCAUUUUUUGUCACCUCAUUUAUUUUUAUUUCGCCUGCGUCUUAAAGUUUAAUACAAGUUCUUGCGCCCUGCCCGUUCGGUUUUGAUC